UUGGCUCGGGUCUUGCGAAGAGCGUCAUGGAAGUUUGAAGUGUUGGGAGACGGGAGUUGCUUGGGCUGAAGCCCAUUUGCAGCCACAAUUAACUACUGCAGAGAGUCCCUAGCAGUGACGCACUAAUGCACAGCCACAGGAUAGGCAGCUUCAGCCACAGCCGAAGAGGUCCUCCAACCUGCACAAAGCGUCAAGUUCAACAACUCGGAGUGCUUUCAAGUCAUUCACGGCUGCUUGCUUUGCAAAACCGCCGCCAUCCUGCUUGAGGACGGGACUCAGUCCUACUUUGCACAAGAGGAUGGCUGCACACUCAAUUCCCCGAAACCUGAGCUCCCAACCGCCUUUCGCAGACAAUUUCCUCGGCCGCUACACAAUUACAUCGCAAACAGCACCAAACACACCCUGUCUAGCUCAAACAUACAAUGGAAAACCAUGACGACGAGACAUCGCGAGUAACCUCUCUGUGGCCGGACCCGGUACCCUUCUGGAAGGACUUUACUCCCGAGAACCUUGCGCGAUACGAAAGCCUCAAGCACGACUACGCCCAUCAGCAGGGAGUCCGUCCCGAGUCGGUGAUCCGGAUCCCAAACAUCCCCGACAGCCUCAUCAACCUCCAGCCUCCACCCGAGCCAGCCGAUGGAAAAUGGCGGCUGUUUGGCGAGAACGAAAAGCUCACCGAGACUCUCCAGAGCCUAGAAGAGGCGGGCGUACAACGCCUGGCGUCCGUAGCCGAGACCGACCAAGACAGCAAGCACCUAGACCGGGGCUUCGAACUCAAGAAGCUCGCCAAGUCAAUCCUCCUAAACUACCUUGAACUAGUGGGAAUAAUGAGCCACAAUCCCGCACACGCAGGAGAGAAAAUCGCAGAUCUCAAAACCCUCCUCCUCAACUUCCACCACAUCCUCAACGAGUACCGCCCGCACCAGGCGCGGGAGCAGCUGAUCCAGCUGAUGCAGGACCAGCUGGACAGCAAGCGGGCCGAGACGGCGGGCAUCCGGAGCGUGGUGGACAAGGCGAAGCGCAUGAUUGAGGGGCUGGCGAGCAUCGAGGUGCCACGGUUGCUCGAGACCGGCGGCGCCAACGCCAACGAGAAGGAGUCGCUGCUCGCUGCAAGGGCCGCCGACGCGCUGCAGCAGCUCGAGUCCGCUGGGUGGGUACGGUUGGAUGGGGAGGUGGCAUGAAUAUGAUCGAGGUACGGUAUGUAGUGUGUAGUAUGUCUGGGUUGCCCGGACCGCGAAGAGCGACGGGUAAAUGACUGACACUCCUAUUACUCGUAGAUACGGUGCUGGGAAAUUUUCUUUCUCUUUUGGAUUAAGUCAAAGGCAAAACACAAGAGCUAGCAAUACAUUGCAGCCGCACACAAUACAAUGUCCACGUCCUUCAGAGAUCAGAUAUUAGACUACCUUACACUAC